AUCGAGGGUGUAAAGUCAGCAUCGAUGAGUGUUUUUAGGAAACUUUAUGUGCAAAAGUGCAAUUUCUGUCAUUCUUCAUGUAAAAUUCAUCAUGUCAAAUAAGGGUGAAUGUCAAAAAUACUUUUUUUGAUUCAGAAUUAAUGUGGGGGUUGGGGUGAAAGCCCCCAGCCUCCUGCUCUACUGUGUCUGUAAAUUGUAUUCCUUUCCUGGAAAAUAUAUAAACAUUAAAAAAAAUAAAAAAAUUGCUGCCUUCCUGGAAAAUAUAUUUUUAAAAAGAAAUUUUGCUACAAAUUUUAACUCCCAAACUCCUCCCUGCAUGGCUGGGGGUGGGGGGUGGCUCUGAAGGUGUCAAGAGUUGUGAACUGUUUUUCAUAUAUUGUUUACUUACGUUAAAUUCCAAAAUCAUUAUGUCUUGACAGAUUUGCAGUCACCAGAUAUGGAGCUGAAAGCUUGUGCUUGAGGUCAGAAAUUUCAUCUGAUCUCGAGAGAUUCUUUGGUGGUCAUCCACAAGGAUCUUCCUCUCACUGUAACUCACAGUAACACCUGCACAGAGGUGUAUAGCAGUGAAGUUGUACUGGCGGGGUCUGAUCUGCAUGGUUUAAUUGAUGAUCCUGCUGACCGUUCUAUUGAGUUUAUUCCUGCCUCUCUACAGGAAAGGAUACUACUGAUUCAGGAUGCAGGCAAGUGGUGGGAAGAGAAAGGCUGACAAGUCAGAUGGAGGUCAGGAGGAAGAUGAAUGGGUCGCUGAUCCCGAGUUUGAAGGACCUUCGUGGAUUCUACACUUCGGAAAAGGAGGUGGCACUGAGGAUGAUGACAGACCAGGAUACAGCAAGAAGAUUCAAAAGAAAAGCAAAUUUGAAUCUGGUAACCAACAGCAGAAUGAGAAAUCUAAUCAAAACCAAGGCAACAAUGGCCAGAAAAGAGGCCGGGGUGGAGGACAAGCUCGGCAGGGUGGUGCUCAGAGAGGUCAAUUUGGAGGGGGGUUUCAAAGAGGACAGAGACGGGGGAUACGUGGCAAUCAUAUGGCAGGAUUUGGUAGAGGUGGCAAUCAAGGGGGAGGGUUUGGAGGUGGUGGCAAUCAAUGGGGAGGAUUUGGAGGUGGUGGCAAUCAAGGGGGAGGAUUUGGAGGUGGUGGCAAUCAAGGGGGAGGAUUUGUAAGAUGUGGCAAUCAAGGGGGAGGAUUUGCAAGAGGUGGCAAUCAAGGGGAAGGAUUUGCAAGAGGUGGCAAUCAAGGGGGAGGAUUUGCAAGAGGUAGCAAUCGAGGGGGAGGAUUUGGAGGUGGUGGCAAUCGAGGGGGAGGAUUUGGAGGUGGCAAUCAAGGGGGAGGAUUUGGAGGUGGUGGCAAUCAAGCGGGAGGAUUUGGAGGUUGUUGCAGUAAGAGGGGAUUUGGAGGUGGCGGCUAUAAAAGAGGACAUGGUGGAAGGGGAGGAUUUGGGGGUGAUACUCAAGGAGCAGAAUUUGGAGGUGACAUGCAAAAUCAGUGGGAAUUUGCAAAUGCGGGUUUGAAUGGCCAACGCUUUGGUUUCAACCGAGGUUUCAACUACAAUGGAGCUGAACAAGAAGCAUUUCCCUUUAAUGAGGAUCCUCAGUUUGACUAUGGUCAAGAAAAUUGCUAUGGUGAUUUUAUGGAUGACGAUAAUGAUGAAACGUUUCAACAACGAAACAGAGUUUGUCCUUCGUUUGUCUGGGAUCCGUCUACAGGACAGCUGAUGUCCGUACAACAAGAACUUGAUCCUAGCAUCGCCAAACUGAGUACACUGGACAGGAUGAAGCUGUUUGUCAAUUAUUUACGUAACACAAAAUGCAGUCGUCGUGAACAAGACAGCCCAAUCAUGGUUAUUGAAAAUGGACUGAGUGCCUCGAAAGUUGGCUUCCGGGCUUACUUUGAAGUUGAGCUGCUGAUGCGUUUUUACGGGCGUGCGAUGUUUACGGGCGUGUUGUACAUCGAUGAGUUCUUCAUGGCACGGUCUGUGGCCGUGAACAAGAAACAGGUGAAGACCGAGUGUUUCGAGAAAGCCUUAGAGCACCUGUACCGGAAACCACUGCAGUACCUUUUGUCCAUGAAUGAUGUUGGUGCCGAUGCUGUGAGGAAUGAACUGAGAUCCAUUUAUCAAGACCUCACUCCUGACACCUUUCCUCUGGAAGCCAAACGAGCACUGGACGUUCUCAAUCAAGCCGCGAGUGCAGGAAGGAAGAAAUUUGCCCGGAAGGCGGGUCUGUUUAACCUGGAGAGCGGCCUGGCCAAACUGAUCACCUUCCUGAAGUACACGAACCAGGUGACUCCGAACGCGGUGUGCCGGAUAACACAGGCGUUCACGUCGUCCAAGUGCAACCUGUGCCACAACUACGAGGAGGACAUGCUGCGGCUGAAGACUGGCCAGAUGUGGUUCAAGGGCCGGAUGUACGUGGGCGACAUCAUCGUGGCCGGGGCGGGCGACUACAAGAAGAAGCUGGCCAAGGAGAAGACGUACCAGCGAGCCGUGGACGCUCUCCUCAACAAGCCCCUCGAGACCGUGCUCAGGGGGGUGUCGUUGCUGGAGCUGGACGACGCCCCGCCCGACUUCGAGACCGCGGGGCAACUGAGUGGGGACGUCGACACGGCGAAGACGACCAAACGACUGGAGAAACUGACCGCUCUUCUUAAACCGGAAACAGAUAAAGAAGAUCUGGUCGCGCACAUGGACAUGGCGUGUAACACUGUUCAACUGCUGCCCACGUGCCUGUUCCGUCGGGACUCCAAGAAAUGGAAUAUCUGUCUUGUCUGCGAGUUGUACUUGGACAGUAUCUUGAUAGCUUCGGGUGAAGGAGACAAGAGGAAAACAGCUCAGCAGUCCGCCUACUCUAACGCCUGCAAGGUUAUUGUUGGUAAGACACCCGAGGGGAUCAUCAAGGACGCAAGACGGCUGACGAAGGAAGAGAUGUGUUUGCCAGACAUCAUGGAGGUCAGCGUCAAGGGCCAGAGCCGGUGGGGGGAUUCGAACAUCACCAAGCUGAAGAGGCUGGGGAUCGAACCAAGCCUGACGACAUAUGGGGUUUCCGAUUUCGUCAUCAUGGAGCAUUACGACUGGUCCAAGGACCGCACGAAGAAUGCCUUCAUGAUCCUCAGUCAGAGCGCCACUCAGAACGGGAUGCUCCUAGAGUGGAACAUCUCGCCCAACCAAAACCUCUUUAAGUGCUCCAUGAGGCUUCAAGGCCAGGACAUUGGAGAUGCGUCGGCUUCGGCCAAGCAGAAUGCUCGCAACCUAGCCGCCAUGGACUCGCUGUUUCGACUCUACGAGACGCAGCCUGUAAUUAGGUCUCUUCAGAGAAACGAGACUCAAUACUGGAACUCCUAUGAGUCAAUCAAGGUUCAGGCUCAGCGACUGAAGCAAGUCAGUGGUUGCCUUGGCGAUGACCUCGAUGAGUGGGUCGAUUGUACAGAGUCCGUACCAGAGACGCCCAUGGACAUCAAUGACAUACAUAGAGUCGAACUGAGAGACUCACUCUGCGAACCUGUUAAUAAGUGGAUUUUACAGGUUCUUACCAACAUCGUCUCGCAGUACCCAAAGAUCGAGACACUGGAGGACCUGCUGUUUGGACCGGGCUUCCCGCUGGGUGAGCGGAAGAAGAUAACUCUGAUGUGUCGCGAGCACGGGCUCAAGUACAUCUCGCGCCAGUUCCGCGACCAGUCAUACACGGCGGUCUUCAAGACGUGGACCCCGCAGGACAUGGUCCGGCACCUGCAGACACACAGCGGCACCAGCGGCAAGUUCAUUCUCGUCAACCGGUACGAGCUGCCCAAACACAACGAGGCCCGUGCCUUCAUCCUCGACCAGGAGCAGAUCUCCAAGCAGAAGAUUGACGCAUGGAAGCAGUUCCAGACGUACCAGGCGAUGCCCGGCGGAAACCCGAACCCGAACCCAAACCCAAACCCCAAGCGCAGCAGCCCCCCCAGCAAUCCCGUAGCGAACGCGUCCUUCAACACCAGCACUCCCAAGAUGACGCACGUCCAACAACAGCCGUUCUUCGCCCAGAAGGCCAACUCGAUGUCGGGGGCGUUUGUGAAAGGUGGUGUGUUGGAUAGUAUGGUCGGCACCCCGAUUACGAAGAAUAAGUCUCCCAUAGAGGCGGUGGCGACGACGACAACGGCGUCUGUAGACCAGCAGUACAACUACGGGUACAGUAGUGGUGUGGCCGACGAGUUGGACACGAGUGGCACGUACAACCAGACGUCGUCAUCGUACCACACGGCCGCAACGUCCUUCCAGUCACUGCCCCUCGUGUACUCGUCUAGUGCGUCAACAUAUGCAACGCCUGACGGGAGCAACACCUACGGAAUCAGUAACCUGUUCAUGUCGUUCUAGACAGGGGUUGUUGUGCCUCUAAGUGUGCUGCUACUGACGGAAGCAACACCUACGGAAUCAGUAACCUGUUCAUGUGGUUCUAGACAGGGGUUGUUGUGCCUCUAAGUAUGCUGCUACUGACGGAAGAAACACUUUGGAAUCAGUAACCUGUUCAUGUCGUUCUAGAUAGGGAUUGUUGUGCCUCUACGUUUGCUGCUACUGACGGGAGCAACACCUACGGAAUCAGUAACCUGUUCAUGUCGUUCUAGACAGAUGUUGUUGUGCCUCUAAGUAUGCUGCUACUGACGGGAGCAACACUUAGGAAUCAGUAACCUGUUCAUGUCGUUCUAGACAGGGGUUGUUGUACCUCUACGUUUGCUGCUACUGACAGGAGCAACACCUAGGGAAUCAGUAACCUGUUCAUGUCGUUCUAGACAGGGGUUGUUCUUAGAGUAAAUUGUUAACUAGCAAUAACAUUUUCUCCUGAAAUUGUAGGUAAGUGACUGCUCUCAGUGUCUGAAUGGAAAAUAGAUCUCCAAGGUGUUGUCAGAUUUAUUUAAUAUCUAAAAAGUAUAUAGGCAGUUGACAAGAGCAGUUUUUCAUCCACAUGGAAAUUGUGUUGUGCGAGUACAGAUUGAGCGAGAGCAGUUGCUUACGUCAAACCAUAAUGACUGGUUGGUGUAUAGCAGAAAACGUCCAGUUUCUAAGUGAGUUGUCCAUCAUAUUACUGGACAGUGUUUAGGGUAUCUUUACAAGAUUUGUACUACAGCAAUAUAGGUGAAAUACUUUAAAUGUUUUAUAUUAAAUUUCAGAUCUUAUAAUUUGUAAAAGGUAAAAAUUACUCCUUGAUAUAUACAUAUCCGCGUAUGACUAAGCAUGUUCUAGUUCUUAUUAUUGGUAAGAUUUUCUCUCUUAAUCCACCACAGGCUGUAAUAAUUACAUCGUGUAAUGUCUUAUUAACAGAUUAUUUAAAACAAUUUGAAAUGAAAUUUUCUUCUGAAUUUGAUUUUUAUGCUGACUGACUAGUAUGUCUUCAUUUUUGUCUCACCUUUGCCAAGUAAAAAGAUGAGAUAGAGGUAUCACUUUUCCGAUGGCGGCAACGAUAAAGGUGUCCACUUUUAAUGUUAAAGUUCUGUGAUUAGAUCAGGGUUUUUUUAUAAACUAUAAGUCCUAGGUCAGCGAAACUUUGUUUAUAAUUCCACCUACGGAUAUUUAUCACUGUCCACCGAAAAGUUCAUGGUGGACAUUUAAUUCCACAGAAUUCUUGUUUGUUUAUUACAUCUUUUCAAAAGUAUGAAAUGAACCCUUUUCUAACUGAUUACAAUGAUUUAUUGUAAUAUUAUCCACUUUGGUUAUGUUGCUUUACCUGUUGUGGGGGUUUUUGCAAAUUUUAAUUGGCAAUUAGCAUAAUAAUCAAUGUGGGUUGUUCGUGUCCUGUUAAAUUUGUCCACCAAUUGGCAUCUAGAUUAUUCAUUGUUGUAUUAAGAUUUGUUGGAUUUUUGUUUCGCCUUUACAAAGUGAAAAGGCGAGAUAUAUGUUACAUUUACGAUUGAACAAAUCUUAAACGUUUAGUGAAUUAUUUAAAAUUAAAAUAACACAAGAUAAAUUCCAUAUAACAAAAUUUGAUUUCCCCACUCGUAUAUACUGGAUUGCAGGAUAAGAACAGUAACUCACAGAUUUUAGUAUCCUUACCGACAGCAGGGCUCACCCUGGAUCAAAAAUACCUGUAGCCAAAAUAUUAGCCAAAUGGAAUUUUUAUUAGCCAUAUUGAAAAUGCUUUAGCCAAAAUUGUUUUACCCAGUACUGUAUAGAGUAUAUAUGAAUAUGAAAAUGCAUCUUUUUCAGCUAAUUGUGUACAAACUGGAAUAAACCUGAUCAAAAUCAAAGAUAGCAAUGGGGUUAGCGGCAGUUAAUGUAUUACUUCGAUUUUUCGGGGGGGGGGGGGGGGGGUGAUUCAUUAUCUUCAGAGUUGGAAGUCAGUACCCAUACACCCUCCCCCACUUCUAAGGCCUAUGACAUUAUGGAGGGUGGGCUUUUUUCUUUUCUUCUUUCUUCCUUUUUUUCUCAAAUAAAUUUUAGUUUGAACUCAAAUCUUUAAUGACGUCGCACACAUACAAUUUGUAUGGCGUUACUGUUGCGUAAAAGUGUCAGUUUAUUAGUUUAGUCUGCACUCUAAAACUUAUCUUUUCUGACACCCAAUAGCCGAGGUGUAUUUUUGUGCUGGUGUGUUGUUGAACAUUCAUUAAUUCAGACUUUAAAACAUUUAAUAAGCAAGAAGCCAGGGAUACGUUUGACUGGAAGGUGUUAUACAAUUCAGUAUUACAUAGACUGCAAGAAGCCAGGGAUACGUUUGACUGGAAGGUGUUAUACAAUUCAGUAUUACAUAGACUGCAAGAAGCCAGGGAUACGUUUGACUGGAAGGUGUUAUAUAAUUCAGUAUUACAUGGACUGCUGAUUACACGAGACAUUUGACUUCACCUAGGAACUAUCAACUAAUUCCUGGGCUACAUAUAGUUAUGCGUUGCUGACAUUCUUGGAUGUUCGAGUCAUUUUUCAUUUGGUUAAAAAAUAUACCAUAUUUAUUUCUGUUUUUGUUGUUUCAUUUACCAUUGUGUGUCUGCACUUGAGAAUUUUGAAAGUUUAAGUAAUUUAAUAUCAUUCCUUCAACAUAUUUGUUAUUGUACUUUUUAUAGAAGAUAAAGGCCCACUGAACUGGUGCAUUACGUCA